CGGGCGGCAUUUCAUGUUGAAUUCGAUUGCAAGACACAACCACGAGUGCAUUCUCCGAGUUUUCGGUGCGAAUACGCGUUUAACGAGUGAUUUUUACAAGUGAUACCACUUCAAAGGAGAUCUACCUUUUCUCUGAUUGCAAAUUCGGUAACAUCAUCAUCUGAUACAAGAAAAAUGAAGAAUUUAAAACUGGUAGGCGCUUUUGCUCUUGUAUUCCUAAGCACAGGAAUACUUGCAGACGACAAGUGCCCGCAAAGUUCGGGAAGGAGGAGUAGUUUGAUGAACCAGAUGUUACCAGAUCAAGACUUCGGGCUGUCCUUCGGUCCUCACGACUUCCUAUCCAUGAUGUCGCCUUUCGUGUUCCGUGACUACUACAGACCUUGGAGGCGACUAGCGGCCUUGACUAAAGACUUGGGAUCGACUAUUAAGACCGAUAAAGACCAAUUUAGCAUCAACUUAGACGUCCAGCACUUCUCUCCAGACGAAAUUACAGUGAAGACAGUCGAUGGAUACGUCGUGAUCGAGGCUAAACACGAAGAGAAACAGGAUGAACAUGGUUACAUUUCCCGCCAAUUUGUACGACGAUACUCGUUACCCGAAGGCACUGAGCCGGACUCUGUAGUGUCCCAGCUAUCUAGUGACGGAGUCUUAACCGUUACAGCGCCGAGAAAAGCCAUAGAAGGGGCUAAAGAGAGAAUCAUUCCCAUAACACAGACAGGACCUAUAAGGAAAGAGGCUGCCAGGCAAAAAGAUACGUGUGAAAGUGAUGCGUGUGUUUCUGACGAGUAAAAAGGACUUAAAAAGUGCCGGAUUCUAAUAGUUCUCAGAUAAUAUUUUGUUGGUAAUUUUAAUUUACCUGUUUGCUGAAUGGCGAAUACCUAUUUCUACUCAGUGAUUGUAAAAUUCUGGUACUUUACUUAAACAACUCUUAGGUAUAUCCCUUUUAAGCUUUAGCUUUUAGCUUAAUUCUCUUAUAAGAGCUUAAAAUUGCAAAAAUGUCACAAAUUUAAUUGAGUAAAGUACCAGAAUUUGUCGUAGUCUAGUCUAUAACACUAAUAAGUUUUAUAAGACUGAUUUUAAAAUAAAUUUUAAGAAUGAACAGCUUAAA